AUGACUUGGCCAAGCUAUGUCACCUUACAGUUUGAACUCGUCAACAAGUUCACCACCGAGGAAAGCAACUAUUAUGGGCCAUUCAUUACCCUCCUUACCGAGCUCUUUCCAGCUUCCGAGGAUUAUCAGGUUGCUCUGCAGUUCAAACACGUUGUUGGUCAUGUUAGUACAGUACCCACCCCCCACGUUAUUACGAGGCACGGACUCCCCGUUGUUUUUAUCGAAUUCAAGCCACAGGUAGCCUACGACAAAGACUUAGUGUGCAAGGAGGUGGAUGACCAGAUGCACGAAAGAUUCCUCAACUUCACUGGAAGUAUUCCUAUACCCAUGUUCUAUGGACUAAGCGUUUUGGGCACGCGGUUCUGUAUCUACAAGUAUAGUGUUGCCAAUCGCUCUGUCACCCCACCAUGUAUCCCACCCAGUGACAACUUUAUUGUCAACGUUGCACCCAAAGAAAGAUGGGAUUUCGAUCUUUUGGAAGUGGACCGUAAGGCAAGGUUGAAAGAACUUGUUGCCCAUAUCAAAGCGAUGGUUGCUGCUCUCCAGUAG